CAACAACGCAGACUGAAUCAAAGAGAAUCUGCUUCUACUACAGUUCACACACGACCAGCAUGCUAUGAACACGUCCGACGUUCGGCACUUAUUGCAACUCUGCUCCCAUUCAGGAUAUUCUACAUUUUUUUCCCCCCAAAAGAGAUGGAUGGUGUCGGUGAAACCCAGCACUAUUUUCACUAAAUGGAUUAUAUUCAUUGAAGUUCCGAUGUCAACCUGAACAUGUCCUUUCUUUUAUUUUAACGUGAAAUGGUAUGCAAGGAUUGCAACUACUAUCAUCUGAAUACUCAUCUUCUGCACUCGCUCUCUGUGUCUUCUCCGUUAAGAUGUUCUCUGGAGCCCCCAAAGAAUAGUUUUUAGGACGAUUGCCAGGAAAUUUAAAAAAAAAAAAAAAGUUUUCCAACACUGGAUUUGUGGAAGAAGAUGAAAACAUAGGACACGAAGAAAAACAUGGGUGUUUUACGUCAGGCUUCCCGUGUGAUGUACUAAGAAGCGCUUUUCAGAAUUUUGCUUGAACGAUGUCUGUGUCACCGACGAUUCUGUACGGAAAUGACACAAGGAUCAUUACAGAGCACAAUAUUACAGACCUUCAGAAAUCACCUGAAACAUUCAACGCACUGCUUUUUUCUCUGACGCUAACCUUGACUCUGUUCGUGUUCGUGGGUAGCAUUGUUUCGUUGGUUUCGUUGGCAAAGACAAAGAGCCGGUCUACUCUCUCUGUGUUUGUAACUUCCCUGUCUGUAGAUGACUUUGUGAGUGUUGUUCCAGUGUCGGUCUUCUUGUUUAAGCAAUGGACCACUCAGUCGCUUUCUCAGCCCCUAUGCAGCACUGCAGCUUUUCUCUACUUGUUUCAGGGAAUAUCAAGCCAUUUAAAGGCAUCGACCAUCAUCUUGUACAAUUUCUGCACAGCUAACAAAUCAGGAAACUGUGAAAGUCCCAAACUGAGGGUAAAAAUAUCUUGGGUGAUUUUGCCUAUCUGGAUCAUUAGUGUAUUAAUAUGUUCUUUGCCUUUGUUCGGUUGGGGAACAUUUGCUGCUACAUCUUGGGGAUGCCUUCUUGAUUACACCAGUUCUUAUAUUUUGUUUUUGUUUGCAAUAUAUGCUCUCUGCUUCUGUAUUCUGACAGUGCUAUCUGUCCCACUCACCCACCAGUUGCUGUGUUCAGAUGGUCACCAGCAGCUACCCUACGUGAAUCACAGAGAUACUGUUAAAGGUUAUCUGACCCCAAGCACACCUCUGGGCAGCAAUUCCUCGUCGGUGUCGCCUGAUAAUCCUAUUUGCCAUUCUUUGAAGAAUUUAAACGAGAAAUGUGUAAGUUCCGAGGCAGUGGUCAAGAGGAGCCAUGCUGAUGGAAGCAUUGAUGACCAGCACUGCACAGACAGCAAGAGAGGUAGCCGGAGUAUCACAGUAAUCUUUGCUCAGAAGCGAUAUUCUCUUAUCCUUGCUUUGACCAAAGUUAUUCUUUGGCUUCCAAUCAUGAUACAAAUGGUGGUGCAGCAUAUUGUUGGCUUUCAGACCCCUUCUUUUGAUACCCUGAGCUUUCUGUUGACUUUGCUGGCAGCCACCAUCACUCCACUGUUUGUUUUGUCUGAGCACUGGAGUCAUCUACCAUGUGGCUGCAUCAUUAACUGCAAGCGAAACGCAUAUAUAACACCCGAAGAUACACAAACCAAAAAAAGAAGAUUUGAUUUCAAUUUGUCAUUUAAUAAAGGUUAUGGAAUUUAUAAGAUAUCACAAGAAAACCAUGUACCAGGAGAAAACUCUAUAUCAUACCAUAACUUGAUUAACUAUGACUACGAAAACCCCAAUGAGCUUCGAAGUGACAGGAUUCUUAGCUCGGCUCUUUUAGAUUUCAGCACCAUAAGUUUCGUGGACAGCUCAAUGCUUUCAGAUGUGGGUAAACUCAAGAUGCUUGGAACAGAGAUCCAAUCUGACCAAGACAAGGAUAUCGGACGUCUACUUUCUGAAAAAAUUGGCGUUUUCAAAAGAGAUGAUGUCAGACAUUUUGACAAGUCUACAUUUUAUGAAGGGCAGGAAAGAAGGUUAUCCCACGAAGAAGGUCAUAAACCCGAGCUCACGGACUGGGAGUGGUGCAGAAGUAAAUCUGAACGAACUCCUCGACAGCGUUCAGGGGGAGCGUUAGCAAUACCACUGUGUGCUUUUCAAGGAACAGUAUCUCUUCAUGCACCAACUGGAAAAACUCUUUCCUUAUCAACUUAUGAGGUAAGCAGUGAAGGGCAAAAAAUAACUCCAACAUCCAAAAAGAUUGAGGUAUACCGGUCAAAGAGCGUAGGCCACGAGCCAAGCAAGGAAGAUUCUCCCACUCAGUUUCCAGACACCAAUGUGAAGAUACAUUUAGAAGUCCUUGAGAUUUGUGAAAAUGAAGAAGCUAUGGACACAGUGUCAAUUAUCAGCAAUAUAAGCCAAUCUUCUACUCAAGCCAGAUCUCCAUCCCUGCGCUAUUCACGGAAAGAGAAUCGUUUUGUCUCUUGUGAUCUGGGGGAAACCGCUUCUUAUUCUCUUUUCAUCCCGACAAACAACCCUGACAGUGAUAUUAACAUUUCAAUUCCAGAUACAGUUGAGGCUCACAGGCAGAACAGCAAGAAGCAGCAUGUGGAGAGAGACAGCUACCAAGAAGAAAUACAGUUAUUAAACAAAGCUUACAGGAAAAGAGAGGGAGAUGGAAACCAUUGAAAAAACACUAAUAAAUGUAAAAAAAGAAAAGAGAGGGGGAUGGAGAAGAUUGAAAAAACACUAAUAAA